GUUAGGGUUAUUUUUUUGAGAACUUUCAGCAAAUCCUGCUUGCUGAUCAUUUGAACUUAAGGUGUUUGCAGCCAAGAGUCUUCUGAUUGUUCAGAAACCCCAGUUUCCUUUUAGGAAGCACAGUAAUUACCACAGGAAUAAUAUGAAGCUGGAAAACCCCUCUGACUUAGAAGUACGUUUUAUUUACUCUCUUUAAGCAAAAUUUUUCUCUCCCUCUCCUCCCUCCUUGCCUUCAUCCUUCCUUUCCCUACCCUAGUGCAGAAAUAGUCUGUGCUUCCUUGUGACAGAUGGUGUAAAAACACAUCUCCCUUAUGUUAUGCGCUGCUCUUACCUCUGCUUUUUAUCCAACAUGUAGGUACUAGGGAGUAAAUUCGGUUUUGUUUUGGUUCCUUUUCUGAGGCACCACCCACCUGCCCUGGCCCCAGUGAUUGUUUUCCCUUUUCCUUCCCUUUUGCUUGAUGUCGUGGCUCUUUGAGCUUACCCUAUUAAGUACGACAGUGGGAAAUUCUAUAAAAAGCUUCCUUUAUUUAGACGCCAACCCAGUAGUGACAUCAUGUGGGCAUGUCUUCCAAGUUCCUCUGGGCUGAGUGGAUGGAGGGAAGUGGUGGCCAUGAAGCUGUGCCUUCCGUCUUUCCCAGUGCAUCUCCGUGGUUCUGCUCUGUGGCUGUACUCCCCCAGCAGACUGGUGCAUCUCCUUUAGCAAACAUUUUAACAGUAUAACAUGGCUGUGGUUGUCUUCCUGCUCAUGGCUUUCAGUGAGCCCAGGGGAAGAGAGAGCCCACGUGUGGAUUGCCUCCCUCCUUGCCUUUUCUCCCAGACACUUGCAGCAAGCUCUCAUGUGCCAGAGGAGGGAAGGGGAGAGCGUCACUGAACCUGGACAGCACGGGUGAGGACAAAGCGCAUUUGAUCGGUGGUCUGCAGUGGCUGGGGGUCCUCACCACCCCACGGUGGAGACAACCAGCUCCUGCCAGGUAGAUGCCCACAGGGGAGAGGACAAGUCCAGCUGAGCUGAUGCCUCUCGGCACCUGGUACCAGGUUCAGCUUCUGACAUGAAGAAAGAUAUAGAGUCUUUAAUAGCCCAGGAAAAAGCAGAGAUUGUUGCUAAAUAUGAGAAGGGCAGGCAGGAGGGAGCUCAGAUUGACCUGUGGGAAGAUGCUGAUUUUACACUGUAUAAAGUUACAGACCGGUUUGGAUUCCUGCACGAGCAGGAGCUGCCAACCCGCACCACCUUGGAAGAGAAGCAAAAACAGCAGGAAAUCGAACGUGUGGACAAGUGGCUAAAGAUGCUGAAGAAAUGGAGCAAAUACAGAAACAGUGACAAGAUGUGCCGGCGAGUGUACAAAGGGAUCCCACUUCAGGUGCGAGGCCAGGUCUGGUCACUUCUGCUGGAUGUUGAGAAGAUGAAGAAGGAGAAUGAGGGAAAAUAUGAGCAAAUGAAAGAGCAAGCAAAGAGCUUUUCGUCAGAAAUCAAGCAGAUAGAUUUGGACGUUAACCGCACCUUCCGAAACCACAUCAUGUUUCGGGAUCGCUAUGGAGUGAAGCAACAGGCACUCUUCCAUGUCCUGUCAGCAUACUCAGUCUAUAACACCGAAGUGAGCUACUGCCAAGGGAUGAGCCAGAUCGCAGCCAUUCUCCUGAUGUACUUAAAUGAAGAGGAUGCGUUUUGGGCACUGGCACAGCUGCUGACCAAUCAGCGUCACGCCAUGCAUGGUUUUUUCAUUCCUGGGUUCCCAAAGCUGCAGAGAUUCCAGGCUCACCACGAGCAGAUUUUAAGCAAGAUGGUUCCCAAACUGAAGAAGCACAUGGACAAGGAGCAGAUGACUACAGGGAUUUACACAACCAAGUGGUUUCUGCAGUGUUUCAUCGAUCGGACCCCGUUCACCCUCACCUUGCGGCUGUGGGAUAUCUACAUCCUAGAAGGAGAGAGGGUGCUGACGGCCAUGGCUUACACCAUACUCAAAUUGCACAAAAAACGCUUGCUGAAGAUGACGCUGGAAGAUUUACGGGAGUUUCUGCAGGAGAAAAUCGCCGCUUCCCUGCAGUACGAGGAUGAUGCCGUCAUCGAGCAGCUGCAGGUGUCAAUGACUGAACUGCGCAAGAUGAAAUGUGAUCUCCCCCCGCCAGCAAAGCCUGAGGAGUUCCCACGGAAACCCCUGGGUCUAGAACUCUCCCUCAACCCAGUACCCAUGAAGGGCAAUGUGGCAGCCAAUGGCCAGAAUGGCCGGGUGGGUGAGCAUCCUGUGGACAGGGAACCACAUCCCCACACAGCUCCUGAAGCUCCAGGAGAGAUGGUGGCAGAGGUGAAGACUGCCACCCUCCAAGGCAGUGAAGCAGCUGAAGUGACAGACCUCCACUUCCGUCCUUCUGGCGGGGGGUCACUGGGAGAGGAGGCUCAGGUGGAGCCCUCAGGGGACGGACAGACACCAUCUCUUCUGAAGGCAAGUGAGAUGCAGGCCCAUCAUCACCUCUUGCCCACGGCCCUGCCUGUGGAGCAUACUCCUCUCACUCCUGUGUGUGCCACAGUGGACCAUGAGUUGGUUUCCCUCCCCAACCCUGCUGAGGUCGGCUCCUCAGACUCCUCUCUCCAAAAUACAUCAAGUCCUCCCGACUCGAGCACCACUGAGUUUUCUGCUACGGACCAUGCUGUGUGGCAGCCAAAUCCUGCUGCCCUGCCAGUGGGAGAACAAACAUCUUCCUUUUGCAGAGAGAAAGUGCUCGAGGCACCCCCUCAACCUCUGCUGAGCAGCUCACAGUAUCUCUCCAGUGAGUCUCAGCAUGACAGUUCCCCUGAGAAUGAGCACCAGGAGGAGACAGCUGAGAAACGCUGCAGAGCAGCACCACCAGACAAAAUGGACUUGAAGCACCUGGCAUCCAAAGCUGCGUCCAUGGGGGAGCUCACCAGCCUGCAGCAGAAUGGGCCAGGGAGUACCACCACGCACUGGCAGCAGGGGCUGGCGAGCGGCAGCGUGCCCAUCUUACCCAGCAUCAAGGUGGAGGCAGCAGGGUUGGGUGAGGGCUACCCCUUGCAGCGAGCACUGUCCCCCAUGGUGGAGAGGAACAGCCCCUACACCAUUAUCAAAACCACCACUCCCCUCCACCUGGCCCAUGCGACAGAGCAGGAUGUAGCAAACAGGAAGCAGGUGGCACUGCCGCUGCCCGAGACUGGAUGUCCUCUGCCUGCUGCCUCCAUGCCACCACCUCUCACGCUGGACCCAGAGGAGGCAGAUGCCCAAAAAAGCUUCCAGAAACCAUUAAACACGCUCAAAGCCCCACGACCCCCCCUAAGCCCCAAACCAAAAUUACUGCCACAGGUUGCCAAAUCCCACUCAGAGAACAAUUUCCUUUCCGGCUCUUCUUCCCUGGUGAAGCUGCCCAAAUCCGUGACGUUUUAGUGGGAAUGGGGGGAGGCAAGGGACAGGAAGCAAGUGCUGGAGCAGCACCCUCGCCCCAUUUUCAGAGCCUCCCCUUCAGCAGGGCUGUGUCAGGGUGACAGCACAGCAGCCAUCGCCUGUUGAGCUGUGCUUUGGUACGAGCACCUGGUGAGAAGAUGGAGCAGUGGCCGCCAGCACCAGGAGGCAUGAGCAAACUGGGUUUGCGUCUUUCUUAUGGACAAAUUAGACAGCGCUUUCAUUUUGUGUUCCUUGAAGCUCCUCAAGCCUCACUGCGUGUGGGGGGAGAGGCAGGGCUGGUGAAUGUGUUGUGUGUUCCCUUCUGCUCCUGCCUGGCACAGGUGCCCAUGGUGUGGAAGCAGGUACAAGGCACAGGAGUCCAGAAUGCUUUCUUUAAGAAGCCCAGUCAGUGCAGCCAACAGCAUUGCUUUCAAAACCUUUAUAGCAAUAGAUCUUCCGAUAGCUUCUUUCCCCAGACCUGCAGUUGUAGGCAGCAGCAUUUUCAGGCAGGACCAUGGCGUCCUGGCAGGACACAGGCACCCCACUGCCUACUCUAUGCAAUUCCACAGCCCAGCUGUAACUGGCUCCUGCUGCAGUGGUGGAUGAUGUCCUGGAGGGGAGGUUUAACAGCAGGUAAGUCCCUGAGCGGUCUCCUUGGUGUGACCCUGGUGGAGGACUGCCAGCAGGACGAUUCUUUCUUAAGUUUUCAAGGUGAUAAGGACAGCGAAGGUUGAGCCUGGGCUCUUGGGCUGAAUGGCCCUUCUGCUGGCCUUUCCUGCUCAGGUCCAGAGGGGGGAGCAGGCUUGAGGAAAAGGGGCUAUUGUCUUGGGAAACCUUCCUUCAUUAGCAAGCUGCUGGAGGUGUGGUAGUGUCUAAUCAUGGUGCUGAAACUGAAGCCUGCUUUUACUUCAAGCAAGUUAAGAGGGUGGAAAUGGAAUAGGUGCUGGGGAGGGGGAACACAUUGCCCACAACCUGAUACCAGCAUUUCUGGUUUGGUCCAACCAGCAAUUAACUACCAAGGACUGAAAUCUGGACACAGAAGUUUGGAAGAUGAUGAUGUAGAGCAUUCACAUCUCCCCAGCCUAUUGCUGAGGAGAUAACGGGAUGGGUGCCCCCCAUACCACUUGCCCUUCACGUACCAAGUCCUAGUGACCUGUCCAUUCCCUCCCGAUCCCAGGAUGUUGCUGCUGGACAGCCCAGACCAUUGGCUGGAGGUGUGCAGGGACCCAAGGAAAGCUCACCCCACUGAAAGAGCUGCUCCAAAUUCCUGUUCCCAUUAUCUACUUAAGGAAGAUAAAUGGAAGCAGCAGGAAAUAAACUAGUCCAGGUAUGCAGUAUUUGUCUCUGCUGUCCAGAAAGGGUGGCUGCAGAUGUCCCCUUAGAUGCGACUGUAGGUAUGAUUCCCAUCCCUUCAAUGGAGACGUUGGGCUCCUUUAAGUUCCGAGAAGACUUUGAAAACUUUUUUAUCUCACAGGCUGCUUCAGUAACAUAACCUGACCUGAAGCCUACCUGGAAGCCCAGCAGAAAACUUCCACUAAAUUACUUUGUGGGGUUUAUCAGUUUAGGGGGUGUUUUUUAUUAGCAGCAGGGGUAGCACUGAAAGGAGCACCCUACCUUUGGCUGUAACCAGCCAGACAAAGCACCCUCAGCUUCUGUUACAACCCCUGCUCUGUCAGAGACCCCAUCUUCUGCUGAGUCUCCAACCUUGCCCAUCUUUUUGCCCUCUGCAAAGCAGGGAUAACCCUAUUAGCUACCUCACAGGAGAGUUGUGAGGAGUCAGCACUUGCUCUUUGAGGAGAAGUGGUUAUGAAUGUUCAACAUUUGUGUUUUGGGACACCAUGGGUCCUUUCUAGGACAAUGGUGCUUGAACUGGUUUUAAUUUAGAGUAUGUUUUUCAGUAACCAUGCAGUAGUUAAACACAUUUGUGUGUUAAAAUAGCUGGGUAGUAUUUCAAGACAGGUAUCGACUGCCCUUUGCUAGCAGCCCACUGGCUGUUGGAGCAUGUUGGGAAGCAACAAGAAGCAUCUGAGGAUGGGGGGUCAGCUCUUGGCCUGGUUUCUGUAGCUUGGGGGGGUUUCUGGCCUCUCUCUGAAGCACACGCAGGACUCCUGCUAAGACAUCUGAGCAUUUUGCUCAUUUGCAAGAGCCGAGAUGUCUUUCUCCCCUCAUUUUGACUUAUUCCCCCUCAUUUUGGGCACACAGCCUUUGCACAUAGUGUUGCACGUGCACUUGGGCUCCUAAACCCAGUGCAUGUCUGGGAAGUUUUGCAGUAUUCGUAUUUAAAAAGGUGGUUUGUUCUAGUUUUGGAGAGCUGUCAAAUGCACAGUACCCAUAGCAUGGUGUUCAACAAGAGUUUGAGAGGGUUCCUCCCCUCCAAAUCCUAAUGGGAAUGAGCAGGGAGGUCCUUGCUCACCUCCAAGCCUGAGGUAAGCCACGAGCUGGUUGCAAUGACCUCUGGACCAGGCAGCUACAGGCUCCUCUUUCCCACUAUAGUGUGCUUCUUGCUGGGUGGGGGUCUGUCAGCUCUUCACUGUGCCACAUAAGCAGCUCUUCUCCAGCCUGCAGCCCCUGAAAGCUGCAAGGUUUGGGAAGAGUUCCUGGGAGCCAGCAACAUGCGUUAGUUUCCUUGGAAUGAUGCUCUCACUUCAGCACAUCAGAGCAUAAUUGACGGGAGAUCCUGGCUCCUUCUCUGCUUCUUGCUGCAGAUGAAGGUGCGGCCAUGGCGGGUCUGUGGCACCAGGGAUGGGCAGGACGUGGUCCUACCUCAGUGCAUUCGCUGGAGAUAAGAAGGGAAAAAGGGCAAGGAUGGCAGCUCAGCAGAACAAAUAACUGGCCCAAGCCACUCACACCCCUGCCCCAGUCUCCUACAGCAGCCUCAGCCCCUUAGCAAAAGCCUCUCUUACCGUGAGCAAACUCAGGAAAACAGCUUCCCCGCUCUCCCCAUCCUUGCCCUCCAGCCCUGGGAUGACUCUCACCUCGCUGCCCUCCAUGGAGUUUUAAAGACCAGUGUUGUGGGUUUGGGGUUUGUUCUUGUUUGUUUUGGGGUUUUUCUGUAAUUGAGCACUUUGAGUGGCUGUGGCACCAGUGGGCAGCAGGAGCCACGGGAGCUGUGCUGGGGACCAGCUCCAGCACAGGAUGGUGGUUGAGGGGUCAGGUCUCUUGGCCAUGGCCUUUUAAGAGCCUGGCUACCAUCUGCUUUGCUUUUUAAUUGCUAUUUUUGUUCACAGCGUGGAACGCUUCUUCUGUGACUCUUUCUAAUGUAUUAUAAUUAUUACUUAAAAAAAAAAAAACAACCAACAAACAUUUUUCUUUUGUUAUUUUUUGGUGGGUUUCUUUUGUAAGGAAGGGGUU